ACUGCUGCCUCUCAGGUAGGGCCUCAUACCCAGAGCGAAGAUGGCGACGGACAAACAGAAACAUGAAGGCAGGGUAAAAAUCGGACAUUAUAUUCUCGGAGACACGUUAGGUGUGGGAACGUUUGGAAAAGUCAAAGUUGGUCAGCAUGAACUGACCAAGCACCAGGUGGCGGUUAAGAUUUUGAACCGGCAGAAGAUUCGCAGUCUGGAUGUGGUGGGGAAGAUUCGGCGUGAGAUCCAGAACCUCAAACUCUUCCGUCACCCACAUAUUAUCAAACUUUAUCAAGUGAUCAGCACACCAACAGAUAUCUUCAUGGUGAUGGAAUAUGUGUCUGGGGGAGAACUCUUCGACUACAUCUGUAAAAAUGGAAAGUUGGAUGAGAAGGAGAGCAGACGUUUAUUCCAGCAGAUAAUUUCUGGGGUGGAUUAUUGCCACAGACACAUGGUGGUGCACAGAGACCUCAAGCCUGAGAACGUCCUGCUGGAUGCGCACAUGAAUGCCAAGAUUGCAGAUUUUGGCUUGUCAAAUAUGAUGUCAGACGGAGAAUUCUUAAGGACAAGUUGCGGCUCUCCUAAUUAUGCUGCUCCUGAAGUAAUUUCCGGAAGGUUAUAUGCAGGGCCUGAGGUGGACAUCUGGAGCAGUGGAGUGAUUUUAUAUGCUCUGCUGUGUGGAACGCUGCCGUUUGACGAUGAUCAUGUGCCAACACUGUUCAAGAAGAUCUGUGAUGGCAUCUUCUUCACGCCUCAGUACCUGAACCCCUCAGUUAUUAGCCUACUGAAACACAUGCUACAGGUGGACCCCAUGAAAAGAGCAACCAUUAAAGAGAUUAGGGAGGAUGAUUGGUUUAAGCAAGAUAUCCCCAAAUACCUGUUCCCGGAGGACGCUGCGUACAGCAGCAACAUGAUUGAUGAGGAGACACUGAAGGAGGUGUGUGAGAAGUUUGAGUGCACUGAAGAGGAGGUGCUCAACUGUCUGUACAGUCACAAUCACCAGGAUCCUCUUGCUGUUGCCUAUCACUUGAUCAUUGACAACCGGCGCAUUAUGAGCGAGGCCAAAGAUUUCUAUUUGGCCUCCAGUCCCCCAGAUAGCUUCCUGGAUGAUCUGCCAGCACACCACUCCACAAAAAUUCACCCUGAGAGAGUGCCCUUUCUGAUGGCAGAGACUCAGCCACGCCCCCGACACAGACUGGAUGAGUUGAACCCCCAAAAGUCGAAGCACCUUGGUGUCCGACGGGCCAAGUGGCACCUGGGGAUCCGCAGCCAGAGCAGACCAAAUGAUAUCAUGAGUGAGGUCUGUCGUGCCAUGAAGCAGUUGGACUACGAGUGGAAAGUAGUGAACCCCUAUUACUUGCGGGUGCGGCGGAAGAACCCAGUUACUGGUGUGCACACAAAAAUGAGCCUACAGCUCUACCAGGUGGACAGCAGGACCUACUUACUUGACUUCAGGAGCAUAGAUGAUGACAUGAUGGAAGUAAAAUCAGGGACCGCCACUCCUCACCGCUCUGGCUCAGUUGGUAACUACCAGACUACGCUAAAGAAUGACAAGAACGAAAAAAACGAAUUUGAGGAUGCAGUAAAGGGGGAUGUGUCUGCACCUUCCACGCCUUUGAUAGCCGGAGGGAAACUGGCAGAAGGCUCGCUGACUACUUCUCUUACCUCCUCAGUGGACUCCACUGGGGGAGAGAUUCUCCCCCGGCCGGGAAGUCACACCAUAGAGUUCUUUGAGAUGUGCGCCAACCUUAUUAAGCUGCUAGCACGAUAACUUGUGGUUCCUUUGAUGCCUUCUCUCACACUCUCCUCUGUCUUCCCUUACACUUUCUCUUUCUUCUAGAAUGCCGUCUACCUCUUUGUCCUUUGUUAUCUGUGUCUUCAUCCACAGUACUCCUCUCUCUCUCUCAUUUUUGUCUCUCUUUUUCUCAGUGUCUUUAGAGCAAUACACAUGCAGACUCAAGACUCCAUGCAUCCCACUUGCAUGAACAAACUGAAUGAUCUGUGGCACUACAGUCACCAGUGUUAGCCUGUUUAAGAAGUCAAAUAAGGAGUAGAAGAUUGAGAUAAGGUGCGAGAGGGAAAAUGAUGGAGGGUCUUUUUGUGCCACCGUCAGAAAGAUGUUGGAAAGAUUGCUAAGCCACUUUGUAGUAUCAUUACUCUUUUAGAGAUGGUUUUACAAGUCUUUGGUUUUAUAGCAAGGAGUUAAUUGCCGAGAGGGAGGUGUAGAGGUGUCUGAGUUCUACACUGAGCUUGUUGUAGUGUACACAAUGAUGUUGCGUUUCUUGGCGGACAAAGAAAGAGCAAUUUCGAGGCAUGUGGAACAACAAUUCAGACAAAAAGCGCCUUUGCACAGUUUUAUCUGUUAGUUUCUCUGGGCCAGUUUCAUGACUGGAAGUCCCAACAGGGAAGGGCACUCAAAUAGGAGCCAUCUUAAAAAGUGGGUCACUGGUGGUGGGUGGGGGGCGGGGGUUAAGAUGAUGGGCACUUUAACAUAAAGGGACAACUUAAUGAGUCAGCCUUUGUUUAGGAAGAGGCAUAUGUAAAACACCCAUUUAUUCUGAGGAAGUGCAAUAUACUUGCCGCUUGUUUUUUUGUUUGUAUGUUUUUGCAACUAGGUCUUUGUCAUGUCACAACUUUUCCAUUUUUCUUUUGUUUCCAUUCACAUUUUACAUAAAUAUAAGUAUAUACAGAAUUAAAAAAUGAUUUAUAUUUAUCAGUGCUUUAAAUGGGGUUGUAGUUUAUAUUGAAAGUGAAAAUUGACAGGAUAAUUUUUUUUGAUUGUAUUGCUGUAAGGUUGUUUUAUUCCAUAUGCUGCUUUAUCAAAAUAACCUUUUUUUUUCUCCAAACUAUUAUUUUAGAUGUUUUACAAAACAAUGGUUGCUUAAAUGAUAAGUACUGCUUAAUGAAAAAAAAAAAAUCAACUGUUCUAGAUUCCAUCCUUUCUUCCCCAAAUUUAGUUUCUAAAGUUGGGCAGGGCCAGUAUUAGAACCGUUGUAAGGCUUUACUUUGGAUAUCUGAAAAAUAUAACCUGCAGGAUAUGAGAAGUGUAUUUUUGAACAUUUUGAAACACCAACAGAACAGGAAGCACAUCCCACGUGUAUAUGACUUCAUGUGCCCUCAUAUGAGGGCACACUAAGCUAUGUAUAAUGCACAAAGAGCUUAAACCAUGUCCAAAAAGAAAUGAACCAAUUACCAAUAAGUGAAUUAUUAUUUUAUGCUGUAGCUUAGUGACAGAAGAAAGCCACUUCAUUAAAGCAGUUGUCUGGGCUUUCAACUUGUGUUUCACAGAAACUGAAAAUUGUUUCUGCAUUUAUUUUCCUUUAAGUAAAUGCACAAGUCUUUUCUGCACAAAGAAUGAAAACAAAAUACUAUAAAGUUGUUUGCUUCACUCCUGAAUAAGUGAGAGCUCCACCUGUAUACAAACUAAAAGUCCUAGGCACAUAUCUAUACAUUUGGUUUUAUAUCAUAUUUAAAUAUUUUUGUUUAUGCACAGCCCGGUUACUUUUACUUUCAUGUAAGCAAAGAAAUGCACAUUCUUAAAGCAAAUCAGCCAGCAAUAGGAUACUCACAAAAAAGAUUUCAUAAUUAUUAUUUCAUUUAUUGAUUUCUUGACCAUUUGUGUUACAUGUUAAUGUGUAGUUUCAUAAAAAUAAAAGAUUAGGUUUAACCUCUUUAUUUGUUCUAAACUGCACUGACAUUUCAGAUUCUUUAUUAACAAGACUUUUAAGCUGAAACUUGACAAUCGAUGCCUUGCAGGCUAGCUCUAAGACAAAUGGCAAGACAUUUGACUGCUUUGUCCCUGUUUUUUUUUUAUUUUAUUUUUUUUUUAAUAACCAUUUCUCUAUUACUCUUGUCCAAAUGAUAACUUCCUUAUCUUUAGGGAAUACAGCUCUUACAAAGUAAAACCCAAUUUUUUAAGCAAAUGUCUGAGAACUUUAUUCAAAGUAAAAGUUUAGCAAGAAACACUUUGAUGCUGAUUUAAUUGUUUUUGGUCCAUGUAUGAGGAAACGGUGGCUGGAUGCACAUUUUAGUCUACACAGGCUGUUUUUACUCAGCCAUGAAAAACAAAAAUCUAUGUAUUUGUCAUGACCAAUUCAUAAAAUAUUAUUUUAUGUUCAUGAUCUUCACACCUCAUGGAGGCUUGCCAAUGUAAAUUACAUAUAAUUACUUAUAAUUUACUAUUGAAGUUAGUUUGUAAAUACAACUGCCUAAUAAAAUGCAAAAAAGAUUGA